AAAAAAAAAUUGAAAUCCUGAAAAGGUAAACAAAUCGGACAUUUUUAAAGACCGAGCAAGUUCAAAAUAUUUAUUUGCACGUGAUUUACGCCAACAAACUGUCCCUCGGUAUUGGUAGACAACAGAAAAGCGAUGUUUUUCGGCCGACUGUCACGCGUGUUGCAAGCAGGAAGCAAGCUUGCCACCCCAUUAAAAUGUUACCAACCCAGAACGAUCGCUUCGCCGAGGAUACCAUGCCGGCCGGCUAGCAACAUGAACGGAGGAGGAGCACUGUUUCAAAUAUCGGAUGAUAAAAUACAGAAAUAUUUGGAACGGCUGCGCCUGGAAUAUUACGCCCUGAAGGUACAGGAACAACGCACCCGGAAGGAUAUUCAGCGCAUGUUGCUGCUUUCGAACGUGGUGGAGAUGUACGAACAGCGCAAGAUAAUCGUGGACAAUCUGCAGUCGCUCAAGGAGCUGAAGGACGAUAAGGACGAUGAGAUGGUGCAGCUGCUGAAGGAAGAGCAUGAAGCGUAUGGGAGCAUCCUGACGCGGCUGGACAACGAAAUACUGAACGGCAUUCUAUCGAUGGACGAUGAGGAAGAUUACGGAUCGCUUAUAAUGGAGGUGACGGCGGGUGUUGGUGGACAGGAAGCGAUGCUUUUUGCCCGCGAGCUGUUUGACAUGUACUGCGGGUACGUGGAGUAUAAAGGGUGGGAGAUUGAGAUGCUCCAAACGGAAGAUACGGACAUUGGGGGCACGAGACACGCGACCACAAUCAUCAGCGGACCGGAUGCGUAUCGCAACCUGAAGCACGAGGGAGGCGUCCAUCGGGUGCAACGCAUCCCGGCCACAGAGAAAUCGGGACGCAUUCAUACCAGCACCGUUACUGUGUCCAUCAUUCCCCGGCCGGAUGAUUUUCAGGUGGAUCUGAAAGAUAAAGACUUGAAGAUUGAAACGAAACGUGCUAGUGGCGCCGGGGGACAGCACGUGAACACGACGGACAGUGCCGUGCGCAUUGUGCACAUCCCAACUGGCAUAGCCGUCGAGUGUCAGACUGAGCGAUCGCAGCAGAAAAAUCGGGAAAUCGCCAAGGAAAAGCUGCUCGCGAAGCUUACGCAGAUAGAGCUAGAAGCACGGUUUAGCAGUACGCAAGCGCUCAAAAAAUCACAAGUCGGCCAAAGCCUACGCAACGAGAAGAUUCGUACGUACAACUACAACCAGGACCGCAUUACGGACCACCGAAUAGAGGGUGGAACCGCGCACAACCUGAAGGGCUUCCUGGAGGGUGGCGAACAGCUGGAUGAGCUGAUUGAAAAGCUGCGACGCUCGCAGCGCCGGAAGCAGCUAAUGGACAUUAUUAAUCGAGAGUGUUAGCGGUGUACCAACCCCUAGUCGCGUUGUUGAAGUAGAAUACAAAUAAACUAAUUCAAAUGGCAUGGCCAAUUGCACAUGU